AUGGCAUCGGACACCCCGCGAUCAGCAAGAUGCCCACCCCUUCGGCAGGCCCGAGGGACAAGACUUAAUACGAUAAUGGAGGACUCUCGUGAAGCUCUGUACGCAGAGAAGACGGACAGCCGCACGUCUCCGUCUAAGCCAAGUGGUCAAACACCAUCGUUGAAAUUGAAAACCACUGAUCUUCAGCCGCCGUCCAAAUUGAAUCGUCUCUGGUCGCCCUUAUCCACGGGAUCUCUCUCCUCCUGUUCGGAUACUGAAUGGCAACAUCAAAUGCGAAACCUGAAUGAUUUCUACGAUACCACGGAUGAUGAUUCAGACAUCAGCGAUGAGUGUACAUCUUUUGCUAGCACUAGACCGACAAGUCUAGUGACCCCUACGACGAGAGAUUCAAUGGUUUCACCACUUAGUCGCAAUCGCUACCCCAGCCUCACCAUUCCAUCAUCAACAAUCUGGCCAUCGCUCCAUGGUGCCCCCAAGAGUUCACCUGUUCCUCCCACUCCGCCGCCAAAGAUACCAGUUUCUCCGGCAGCCUUGUCGAUGCUCGCACGCUCGGUACCAGCUGUGCAUGCUCCCCCUUCUCUAGAUGGCAGUGUCUCCUCCGACCAAGUCUCAAACAUCAGCGCCCCGGCAACUCCAGAUCUGCAAUCUCUUCCAGACACCGACUGGAAUGCUCAAGAAAUCCAUGUCCAUCCGGAUUUAGAGGAGCCUCAAAAGGUGGACAUCCAAGAUCCAGAAUCAAUCUCCGAUAUGCAGAGCAUCGAAAUCGCAAUCGAGAAUCCCGACGAAGACUGGCAGCAGGUUUUGGGGAACUUUCCUCAAAUACCCAAUCAAACAACGCCGACCUCUCUUCACUUUUCGUCUGAACCCACACGAGAAGACACCCCAUCAGAUGGAGGCUUGUUUCUACCAGAAGAUGCUCUGGCAACCUUGAGACACAUUCAGCUGGAUGGGUCUCCAGAUCCUUGGUCAGAAACGUCUGAGAAGAAUGAAGAGAUGUGGCAGAUUGAGGCACUACCGGAACGGCCUCGCAGCGCCGAUGACGCGACACCAGCAUCAGAUAUAUCUGGAUACAGUUUUAGUAGGCUCAGCAUACCUUCUCCCGGUGGUUUCUUUUCCUCCCUGGGCCCCCGAGCACGUCACACCUGGUCGAUCCCUAAAGGAUAUAGACCCCCCACGUCGGCCACUGCUGAAAACUUCUACAAUGUACCUUUCGGUCGAACCGAAGGGGAGGUUGUUGAGCAAGUGGUUGAGUGCUUCGAGCAAUUGACUGAGGAGCAAUUGACAGCUGUGUAUGACCCAAGCGGACCACCGACCGCGAUCAGGAUCCCGCCCGAAGAUAGAAAUGAAGCGUCGGACCAAGUUGAAAGCCCAGUGAGCGAUGGCGAGGAUGGUGUACAUGAGAUCGUGAGGCCCGGUUCUUCCUGUGAGGAUGACGAACGAGACGAGAAUUACGAGUGUGACUUGCAGAGAAAGUCAAUGGCGAGUCUAGACAGGACUAGCGUUUGGCUUGCAGCGCAAGCUUCCUACCUUUCGGCCCUUCAUGACACCAACCCCGUCAACACGCUAGACGUCGAGGAUGAUGACCAGGUUGAUACUGCUGAGGAUGAGACCCAAGGAAUUGGCCAAAAAAAAUCUGUCCGUUUCGCUGAGACAGUUCCCGAAGCCCCCAGCUCUGGUCCGUCCGCCCUGGCGAGUAAGGAUUCGAUCUAUUGGCGAGGCUUCCAGUUCAUCCGUCAACAAUCAAACAACCGGGAUACUUUUUUGCAUCGCAACACCCGCUUUGACGCUGUCCAGUCCAUCAGACUUGGCUUGACAAAGCUACACACGGGCUGCCUAUUGGGUAAUUACGAGCUAGUUCGUCCGGGACGCCCUCCCUAUAAGGGUCCUUUUUCACAGGCUCCCCGCAAUUCAGUAAUUGGCCCUGUCUUGGCAGAAAAAGCCCAGUUCUCCAUGCUUGAGAAAGAACAGUUGGUUCUUUCCCAAAUUAGUCAGCCUAUGUGGGCCAUGGACGCUCUGAGAUAUCUUAAUGGCGGCAACAUGAUUGCCAGCCCGGCUCUCAAGAGUUUCACGCGAUGCCCUGCAUCUAAUAAACCUUCUCAAAGCCCCGGCAGCCGCCACAUUAGAGUUUUAGACCUAGGGGGCCAUGCUUCUUGUGAGUGGGCAUGGCAGCUUGCACAUGACUUUCCCAGCGUCAAGGUCUACACCGCGUUUACGGAGCAUCAAGCAGUCAAUCAUGGCAUCAAAGGUCCCUCAAACCAUCAGCAGGUGUCUGUUCCAUGCCUAUGGAAAUUGCCGUUCCCUGACAAUAAAUUUGAUGUGAUCUCAGCUCGGUCGCUUCCUGCUCUAUUGAAAACGGAACAUCCCGAAGAUGAGGACCGGGACGAAUAUGACCUCUGCCUGAAGGAAUGUUAUCGCUGCCUCAAGCCUGGAGGGUACUUGGAAUUUUUCGUAAUGGAUGCAGAGAUAUCUCAUGCAGGGCCAUGUGCGUCUGCGGCCUCGACUGAAUUUGCGUUCAAUCUGAAGACCAGGGGCUAUGACCCAACACCGACGAAGAAAUUCCUGGGUCGCUUGCGAAAUGGAAGGUUUAUCGGUACCAAACGUGCCUGGAUGUUCUUGCCGAUGGGUAUCGAGCCUGUAAAGCCUCAAGUACCGAGAGAGACCCCUGAGCCUCGAGUUAAGAGCCAAAUCGACGAGUACGAGGCGGUCCAUGGGCCAGUUGGCAGUGUGACAGAUGUCGCCAGCGUGACAGGUCUACUUGGUGGUUGGAUGUGGGAGCAAUGGCUUGUCAAGCUUCAAGUUGAGAUGGGUCGAGAACCGCAAAAUCUUCUUGAAGGUAUUGGAAGUGUGUUUGAUGAAGGCCGCAAGAACGGUGCAGGCUGGACCUGUUUGACCGGAUGGGCCAUGAAGCCGAAAUUGAAGCGGAAAGCCCAAAGGGGAUGCCCGAAAAGUAGCAAUCUUUAA